GUGUAGAGCGUGAAUAUCCCUGUCACUCGUUUAGUGAGUCUCCAUCUCCCUCCAUUUCUCCAUCUGUCUGUCUUUCUGUCUGGCUUUAGGCUGGAAUGCUCUGGGACUGAAUGUGUCGCUUUAAAAAAAUCCUAAAUAAGAAAGAGAGAGCAAGAGAAGAAACAGAAAGAGAGAGCAAGAGAAGAAACAGAAAGAGAGAGACAGAGAGAGAGUAACGGGCGGUGGGAUUGUUUGUGUUUGUCUCACUCGGACUUCGACACUCAGGGUUUCUUCAGUUUGAGGACAGGAGAGAAGAGAGGAAGAGAGGAGAGCCAUAGGGAAGUCUUCUAGCUGCGUGGGAUAUCGACACAGGACAUCCCAGUACGGAGUGAUCGGAUGGUUGGAUUCCUAGAGAGAAGAGAGAGGAAAGAUGGCCUUUUUAUCCUGUUCUGUGGAUACCUACCUGUUCUCUGGUCCUGAGUAUUACUUGUGAGGUGUACCUGUUAUCUUGUGCAUAGCAACCUGUGUGUUUAUACAAUGGAGGUGGUUCUGCUGCAUCUGGAGGAUGUGGUGUUCACACGUCAGAGUCUGCUGUGGACCUUCACCUCCUCAGCUCUCAGACACCUCCGUGCACUGCACCUCACACACACACACAGGUGUGUGCCCAGGCCACUGUACCAGAUGACAGAGGGGCGGCGAUGUCAGGUCCAUCUCCUGGACGACAGGAAGCUGGAGCUCCUCGUACAGCCCAAACUGAUGGCCAAGGACCUUUUGGAUUUAGUGGCCUCCCACUUCAACCUGAAGGAGAAGGAAUACUUUGGCAUCUCCUACACCGAUGAAACGGGUCAUUUCAGCUGGCUGCAGUUGGACCGAAGGGUUCUAGAACACGAGUUCCCCAAGAAGUCUGGACCCAUCGUACUGUACUUCUGUGUCAGGUUUUACAUAGAGAGUAUUUCCUACCUGAAGGACAAUGCUACUAUCGAACUCUUCUUCCUCAAUGCUAAGUCCUGCAUAUACAAGGAGCUCAUUGAGGUGGACAGUGAGGUGGUUUUUGAGCUGGCCUCCUAUAUCCUACAGGAGGCUAAAGGUGACUUCACCAGUAACGACGUGACGAGGUCAGACCUGAAGAAGCUUCCAGCUCUGCCGACUCAGGCCCUGAAGGAACACCCAUCUCUGGCAUACUGUGAGGACCGGGUGAUAGAACACUACAAGAAGCUGAACGGACAGUCCAGAGGGCAGGCCAUAGUCAAUUAUAUGAGCAUCGUUGAGUCUCUGCCUACGUAUGGAGUACAUUACUACACUGUUAAGGAUAAACAGGGCAUCCCGUGGUGGCUGGGCCUGAGUUAUAAAGGAAUCUUCCAGUAUGACUACCAGGACAAGGUCAAGCCCAGGAAGGUGUUCCAAUGGCGUCAGCUGGAGAACCUCUACUUCAGAGAGAAGAAGUUCUCAGUGGAAGUUCAUGACCCCAGGAGUAGGGCGUCGGUGACCAGAAGGACGUUUGGCCACAGUGGUAUAGCUGUCCACACCUGGUACGCCUGCCCUGCUCUCAUUAAGUCUAUCUGGGCCAUGGCCAUCAGCCAACACCAGUUCUACCUGGACCGCAAGCAGAGCAAGUCUAAGAUCCAUGCGGCUCGUAGCCUCAGUGAGAUAGCCAUCGACCUGACAGAGACUGGCACUCUGAAGACAUCCAAACUGGCCAACAUGGGCAGCAAGGGCAAGAUCAUCAGCGGCAGCUCUGGCAGUCUGCUCUCCUCAGGUUCCCAGGAGUCGGACAGUUCUCAGACAGCUAAGAAAGACAUGCUGGCAGCACUGAGGGCCAGGCAGGAGGCUCUGGAAGAGACACUCAAACAGAGACUAGAGGAACUCAAGGACAUCUGUAUCAGAGAGGCGGAGUUGACAGGGAAGCUUCCUAAGGAGUAUCCAUUAGAUCCAGGGGAGGAGCCUCCGACAGUCAGGAGGAAGAUUGGCCCCGCCUUCAAACUGGACGAACACAAGAUCAAGCCGAAAAGAGAGGAGGAAGAACUAGAGCGUCUAGAGAGGGAGUUUGCCAUCCAAUCACAGAUCACGGAGGCUGCGAGGCGGUUGGCCGGCGAUCCGCACGUGAGCAGUAAGAAGCUGAGGAAACAGAGGAAGACGUCGUACCUGAACGCACUGAGGAAACUCCAGGAGAUAGAGAACGCCAUCAACGAACACCGUGUCCGCUCUGGGAAGAAACCCACGCAACGCGCUUCGCUUAUCAUAGAGGGUGAGACUACACACAUGCUGAGAGAAUCGCUUAUACGAACCACAGCGCGUAACAAACAGGAGGCCAACAUCGGCUCAGAGGACAGCUCUCUGUCUGACGCUCUGGUCCUAGACGACGAUGACCCCCCGGUGACAGGGACCCCCACCUUCUCUCCGACAGCAUCUCCACAAAAGGGCCUCCCUCCCCGGCCUCCCUCCCACAGCCGGCCCCCUCCUCCCCAGUCCCUAGAAGGCCUUAGGCACCUGCACUACUCUCGCUCCGAAUACGACAAGUCCCCCAUCAAACCCAAGAUGUGGAGUGAGUCCUCGCUGGACGAACCCUACGAGAGGGUAAAAAAACGCUCCUCACACUCCAGUCACAGGCGGUUCCCCAGCUCUGGUACUUGUGGGGAGGCAGGAGGCAGUAACUCUCUGCAGAGUAGCCCCAUCAGGAGCCUUCCUCACUGGAGCGCCCAGUCCAGCAUGCCCUCUACCCCUGACCUGAGGACCAGGACCCCUCAAUAUGUACACUCCACCAGGUCUGUGGACAUCAGUCCCACCCGUCUGCAAAGUCUGGUUCAGCACUUUAGGAACCGCAGCUCCAGCCUGGAAUCUCAGGGCAAGCUGCUGGCCUCCGACCCCGACACACACACUCACACAGACACCCUGGGAGCCCUGGGCAGCCCAGACUUCUUCUUGGCCCCAGGGACACGCAGCUCCAACGGCUCGGACCCGCUGGAUGACUGUUCGUCCUGUACCUCCCAGAGCAGCUCAGAACACUACUACCCUGGGGGAGCGCCAGGCUCAAACCCUAACUACUCCACCCUGGGAGAGGACUCCCCCUCCAAAGCCAGGCAGAGGCAGAGGCAGAGGCACAGGUCUGCAGGUCACCUUGGUUCCUCUAACUCUGGCUCCAUGCCCAACCUGGCAGCCAAGAACGGUUCAGGGGGCAGUGGUACGGGGGGAGCAGGGACUGGGUCAGGGCAGCACGGGGUGUACCUCCACAGCCAGAGCCAGCCCUCGUCCCAGUACCGGAUUAAAGAGUACCCCCUGUACGUAGAGGGAAGCCCCAACCCGGUGGUGGUGCGCAGCCUGGAGAGUGACCAGGAGGGCCACUACAGCGUCAAGGCCCAGUUCAAAACCUCCAGCUCCUACACAGCCGGGGGUCUCUACAAGGAGACCUGGGGGGGUGAGGAGGGGGGAGAGGGGAGUGGCAGACUCACCCCGUCCCGCUCCCAGAUUGUACGGACUCCCUCACUGGGGCGAGAGGGGGGAGGAGGGGGGAGGGCGGUGGUGUCGGACGAGCUGAGGUGUUGGUACCAGCGCUCAUCGGGCAGUCUAAAGGAGAGGAGUCACUGUGGCUCCAAUGCGUCAGACAGCGGCUCGUUGCAAGGCACUCUGGGACACGGACGAGGCAACAGGGUGGGGAUGCUCGCCAAGGGAUCGCCAGCAGCGUCCCCUCACAGCCAGAGGAGUGUGACUCCCUCCAGUGAACAGGCUGCCACCCCCAUACCCCCCAGCAGCCCACAACACAUCCUCAACUGGCAGAGCGGCGGUACAGCAGACAGCUCUCCUACUGAAGACGUGUGUCAGUCUCCCCCUCAGCCCAGCUCUGAAGCAUAGAGGUCAUUCAAUGAUAGCUGUUUCCUCAGCAGUCCUCUGUGUUCAGAGCUGACAGAUGUCCAGUGGUACGGACACGACAAGGCCAAACCUGGAACCCUGGUCUGACCUACUGACCACCACCCACUGACCCUCAACACUGAUCCUUACUGACUCAACCUCCAACAUCUCAACUGAUCCUUACAGCCCCCACCAACCUCUCCUCCAGUGCUGACUAGAUUGGCCUUAUCAUGGGCAGGAAACCCUCAUCCAUUCCUCCCUUCAUCCAUCUUUCCCUUUAUCAGUUUCUGUGCAUAUCGGGCUUGGCUGAACUAAGGGUUCUAAGACCAACACGACUAUUGCCAACCAUAGCCUCCGAUCCUGAACUCUGACCUUUAAUCCCUGACCCUGAGUCUGCUCCAGUCUGAGCCCAAGGAUAACCGGGAAUGGGCAAGGGGGAAGGAGGGGUAAACCCAGACUACACUCAGCCCACCAGGCCCUGUCUCAUAUAUACCCCUGACCCAAGUGUGCUGCCAGUGUGCUCCCAUGUGUUUUGGCUCAUGUUCUGGACCUUUGUGUGUGUACGCUUGAUCUGCUAGGUUCAUUCAUUUCAUGUUUUAUGUUUCAGUUUAUUUCUCUAUCGUUUUCUACAACAACAACAACUAAAUGCGGGAGAGACUCGAUUCACCCCUCUUUAUGAAAACCUUCAGAAUAUUUUUCACUGCAGAGUGGAUUAUUGGAGAAUUCUAGAUUAUCUGAAAGACUAGGCAAACAUACAAACAUUCCCAAAAAUCCAAAUCCCAAUCCCAACUCCUAUCCCACAACCAAAGAUCCAUCUGGCUGACCAAUGGCACCAGUCCCAUGGACACACUGGGAACACUGGUUUAUCAUACUGGGAGUUACACCCCACAAUACUAGGAGUCCUCAAAGGAACUGAAAGACUGAUCAAUUCUACUGGGAUCCUGCUCAGCACGUCUACUGGGAUGUCAGUAAUCUGAACUGGUAGUGUACAACAGCCAGCCACACUGAUCAACUAGUUUCUUGUACUGGGAUGAUCCACACUUCUACUGAGCAGUGAGCUCCUGGACUGGGAUGUUUUGCCACUACUGUAUACUGGGGGACUGUGGUCAGCUGUACUGGGAGACUAUGGACAGACUGGGGGCCCUGCACAGCCAGAUCAGAGAUAGACGGGGACAGACUGUGCCACAGGCCACAGACACUUAUUCAAGGUUUGGGCCCUGAAAUGCCAAGCCACAAUAUGCAAGGAAUCUCAUUGAAAGCCAAUGUCUUGAGUUUGUGAUGGUUGAAACUGUAGCUAUAUGUGUAGCAGUUUUCAGGUUAAGACCACAUAUAGUUUUGGGUGUUUAUUUCCAAUCAUAUCUGCAGGCUUUCAGUGGUCUAUUUCAUCUGGAUCAACCCCUUCGUUUCACUUCCUGGUAAGAAGUGAAAGCUGAUUGGAUGCUUAGGACUGUGUGUGUCUCCCACUCCUCUCUCUCUCUGGUGAUGGGCAUAUGCUGUGGAGCUGAUCGAUCACACAGCUGCAGCGAAGGGCACUCCCCUCCUUCAUAGUCGAGCUGCGCAUAUGAUAAAAUUGGUGAGAUGUUAAACACUUCUCGAGGCGUUGUGAUAUCUGACUCUCUGCGCAGUCCUCUGUUAAAAAUGGGAGGCAAACCAUAUUUAAGGACCAGUCUGUCUAUGUGACAUCGAUCUGUCUGUCCAACUCCACGGUUGGUCAUCGUCUCAGACACUAGGGUAGUAUAUUUGAGGGUAAACAUUUAGAUCAGGCAUGAGGCCUGUAAACUCCAGUGGGUACUCUUUUGUACAGGUCACUAUCUCAGGCUAUAUUCUCUCUGCCUAAAGUCUCUCAUAUCACCAGUCAGAACACACACAUCUUGUUUGUGGACACAUACACUUUUCUCAUCAGUGCCAUCUAUGGUGGUGCUUAAAGUCUGUACUGUAACCCAGCACUGAAAACAGCCACUCACUAAAAUUACAAACCAUAUAACUACAAAUCCCACAGGGCCCGGUUCCUAGUCUAGCAGAGGAAGUGGCUGUGUUCGAGAGCAUCAAAACUAUGAUAUAUCAUGGGUACAUUGUGACUGACUGACUGAUCUACAAAUAAUAAUAAGUUAUUUAUGAUGCAAGGUGAUUUGUAGCUAAGUCAGUCAGCAGUCACCUGCACUGUUGGCUGCAAUGUCGAACAAGCCCAGUGUCUGCUAUAUAGAGAACCUGCUUCCCAGAGCCAAAAGAACGUCAGGGAGAGGUAUAUACACCAAUCCGAGCUGGAUCUGCUAUGUGGGGUGUUAACUAUUGUAACAGUGUCAAAUAUUCAAUCUAAGUGUUGUUACCAGAGCACAACAUACACAGUUGCACACUAUGUAUGAAGACUAUAGGCCUACUAUAUAGAGAACCAGUUUUCAUCUAGUUCUCCUCCUGGCUUUUUGAUACAUAUAAGGGGAUUAAAAACAUCUGCAUAACAACACAUUUACGAUGUAAAAUGUAAAUCCAGACUUUAUAUAAGAGUAACACACACAUAUCUAGAA